CAGAGGAAUCUGAGAAUGCGUGCUCUUUCCUGCUGCAGGUUCAAGGACUUCGCUGAGCUGGAGCCAGAGAAAUUUCAGAAUAAAACCAACGGCAUUACACCUAGACGCUGGCUCCUGCUUUGCAACCCAGGGCUGGCUGAGUUGAUCGCAGAGAAAAUAGGAGAGGAGUACGUGAAAGACCUGAGCCAGCUGACAAAGUUGCACCGGUUUGUGAACGAUGAGGUUUUCAUCCGGGAGGUGGCCAAAAUGAAGCAGGUAAAUGGGGAGGAGGAGGAAGGGAAGGACCUGGCAAUCUCUUCUUUGCCCCUUUCCAUGUCCAAAGCUCUUGGUAACUUACGCUUGUACAAUUGGUGGUGAUGCCAUGAGUGGGCA